GAAGCGAGCACCCUUGCAAAGACCCGUGUUUGUAUUUUGUGGUAUUUUGGUAAUCUGUUACAAUCUCUGUGAUUAGUCUGUUUUAAAUACAAUGCAUUUGCACAGACGCGUUUAGUUGCCUGCAGCAUGCGCUACAGGUCACACCAAUCCCACGGUAAGAAGUAAGUCUCAACUACUACAGCGACGGCGUGUGUUUCUCCCUGAACCAUGGCCAAAGUUUUUCACAUCGUCUCCGACACGGAUGGCGAGAGACUGGUCAUAAAACACCAUGUAAACAAGGGAGAGGAGGACCGUGACCAUACGACGGAAACACACACGGACCCAACGCGUUUCUCAGAGCCGCUGUUUACCUAUUCUAACGAAGCAUGUCAGAUUGUAGAGGUACAGAUAUUGACAGAAGAGAUUUGUGAAUGGCCAAUUCAGCCGGAUCCUUCAUCGAUGUCGGCUGGAUAUGUCGUCGAAGAGGGAACACUGGAGGCGAUGGUGAAGACGGAAGACUUCGGAGAAGGCUCUGGCUGUGCUAUACCAAAUGGCGCUGACUACCCCACACAUCAGACCUCCUCUUCCCCCUCCCCCUCCUCCUGCCCCUCCUCCCCCUCCUCCCCCUACUCCCCCCUCUCUCCCCCCUCCUCCCCAUCUGCAGUCAUCACAGCAGAACUGCUGCAGGAAGAAGAUGGAGGAUCCAACAUGAAUCCAGUCCUCGUGAGCUCUGACAUAAUUGAGUGUCCUGCAGAUCUGGUGUCUCAGUUCCAGCUGAAGAGGUUAUCAGUGCCACUGGUCGACUGCCUUGCAACAAUAGGCAAGAAAGGAACAAAGAACACGAACAAAAAUGGAGAAAAACCACAAACUGGAAUUCUGGGACGGCACCGCAACCGCCACACAAGAGAGAGGCCCUACCACUGCCCGCUGUGUGAGAAACGUUUUGCACGGCCAGGAGAUCUCACACGUCACCAACGCCGUCACACAGCAGAGAGGAAUUACCACUGCCAUCAGUGUCACAAAAGGUUUGAAACGGCAAAAUCGUUCAGACUACACCAACUCAUCCACACUGGAGACAAGGCCUAUCCCUGCCCACAGUGUGGCUUACGUUUUACACACCCAAAGGGUGUCAAAAUUCACCAAACACAGAUGCACAAGGAGUCACGCACGAGCCGUUUUCCUGUGGCCGGCAAUAUCACACCAGCAGAAACCCUCAGAGAACAGCAAUACAGUCACACAGAGAAACCAUUCCAGUGUCAACAGAGUGAGGAAUGUUUUUCCGAGGUAGGAGCUCUGACACAAGACCAGCACAUUCACUCAGACUGGCUGUACAACUGCUUGCAGUGUGGGCAGCAUUUUUCAGGUGUGGAUGGACUCACGGUGCACCAAUGCAGUCUCACAGAGGUUUUUCAGGAGCAGAGUUUUUCAGGAGCAGAAACCCCCACACAACACCAGCUUGUCCUCGCAGAUGAAAAGCCCCACCUCUGCCCCCUGUGCGGCUUACGUUUUGCACGCAAACGGGGUCUGAAAAUUCACCAAGCACAGGCACACAAGUGGUUACGCAUGAGCAAUUUUUCCGAGGCAGGAAAUAUCAGACCUACUGAGGUAUGCCAAACCGUAACCUCAAGGAACAGGAACAUUGUGUUGCCGCGAAGGUACACAUCAUAAACAGAGAGCCCAGAGGCCUGUUCACAUACACAAUUGUAACUACUGUAAAAGUUAACUACACUAUAUUACCAAAAGUAUUUGCAAACCUGCCUUGACUCGCAUAAGAACUUCAGUGGCAUCCCUUUCCUAACCCAUUGGGGUGAAUUUAUGAUGUCGGCCCACCUUUUGCAGCUAUUACAGCGUGCAUCCCAAUAUGUGACCUUGCGUCCUCCACUUGUGCUUGUCUCCUCGUCCCGCCUCCUGGCCCCUCCUCCGUGGAGAAAACGAUAAAGUUUCCCAGCUGUCAGCCUCGCCACAACAACUUUUGAGGGACUGUUUUUCAUUCACCAUCCCAAUUGCAAGUGAGAAAAAGACUUUACAAUUGAGCUUUUGCAAGAUAUUGAAAUAUAAUGCUGUUGUCAGUGACGUCAUCAUGACAAGAAGCAAGUGGAGGAGGCAAGUGGAGGAGUAGGUGGUGGGCCCAGUCUCAUAUCUUGUCAGUUCGUUGGUGUUAACGAGUGGCAACUUUAUUUUUGCUUAUAUAACCCCCUGACAACCCAUUAAUCAAUAUUUUGGCUGUUGCCAUCCUCAAAACUUGCACAUUGAUUUAUAAAAAUGACAACAAAUAAUAGCCGACCGAGUGACGUCACGUCAAUGCAAAGUCAACGAGGCGGAAUACAGCUAGCGCGUGCAUGCUACCCGGAACCGUCAGAUUUCAUGGCAAAAAGUUACAAGUUGGGGGUAAGUGGGCUCACUUGUUGUGUACAUGCAAAAAAAAAAUAUUUUUCUCAAACUUUCAGAAGUGCUCUUUUUCGCUGUUAGUGUUCGACUGUCUGACCAUCAUUGGGCAACGAGAGAUAAAUGUCAAAAAGAGGACAGGUCUGUUCCCUCAAAGCAAUAGAGCAAUGAGGUGACGGGGGUAGAUCAAUUCGCCAAAAAACUACGUGUCAGUAAAGAAAUGCAAGCUGUGUUAUUUUUUCCAGUAACAGGAAACUGGUCAGGAAUGAAAUACCUACGUUGUUUCAAUGAUUAGGUGAAUUAUCUGCCCAUGAAAAAAGCCCGAUAUGCGGAUAAAUAUUCCCUUUUCAACGUUGAGGGGCGGAGACUUCCCAUUGACUGUGCAUUAUGUGACGUCACCCCCAGUCUUCUUUAUUUUCGUUAUUUUUUAAUAUAAACGUGCAACUUUUCAGCGUGGCAACAGCCAGAAUAUUGCUUUACAUAUUGUCAGGAGGUUAUAUUAGAAAAAUCAAGUUGCCACUCGAGAGUGAGAACGAAACUCGUUUUCUAAAGGAGCUACGAAAUCUAGCCCACCGUCUAGAGGCAAGGUCGCAUAUUAAAAUGCACUCACAGCUUCCACUCAUCUGGGGAGGGUUUCCAGGUUGAGGAGUGUGUGUUCAUAGGAAUUUUUGACCACUUUUUCAAGAGCGCAUUGGUGAGGUCCUCUGGGACCUGGCUCUCAGGGGCCACAUGUGAGAAGUUUUUCAGUGCUUAAUAACUGUAUUUACAGUACAGGCCAAACGUUUGAACUCACAUUCUCAUUUAAUUAGUUCUCUUUAUUUUCGUGGCUAUUUACAGAACAUUGCAAAUUUUCACGUAGUAUAGCCAUGGAAAUAAAUAGUGCAUUAAACGAGAAGGUGAGUCCAAACUUUUGGCCUGAACUAUAUAUAGCAAAUUCAAUUCAAGACAUGCAGCUCAAUCUGCUAAGCAGUUACAUACGACAGAGCCAUGCAAAGAGUUAGGCUAAUCCCAUUGACUUCCAUUUUCCAGUUUUACUCAAAGAUGGCAGUGUAUGGGGCCUUUGACACACAGAUUGCCAUUGUCAUAGUUCCAGGAAGUGAGCGUUGAACACAGAAAGUGCAGUAAAGGCAAAUGUUAUUCAUUUUAAUAAUUUUUACGCCAUCUUUAUAUUAAUUGCAGCAUUGGGUCCUCAUUACAUACCAAUGUUGUGUUGAGUGGGGGGCCCUUUCAAAUGACUUUGUCCAAGGUCCUAGGCAAAAGUUGGCACAAUUGUCCUGAAAAUAUGAAUUUGAACUAUACAUUUAUUUCAAGCUCCCACCCCACUCUGAACAACUUCCUUUUUAAAACGUGCUCAGUGUGUUCCACAGAAUUUUUGUUAGUCAAGGUGGUGGGCCGUUUGUCAGCAUUAGAGACCAGUCUCCAUCAUUAGUGGACAUGCUGUGCUGUGCAUUUGCAUUGGAAAUAUGAUCUGAAAACACAGUAUGUAUUUGUAUGUAUUUUUGUUUAGGCAACUUCAGAGAUUACAUUCGCAACAUUUAAUCUUAAUCUUUUCAGGGGACCUAGUCAAGGUGGUAGGUGCUUCUUGUCAAGGUGUGUCCUCCUUAGCAAUAAAGUGCUGGGGGAAACCCUGGUGCUGUUUUGACAAUUGUCCUGAAAAUAUGUAUUUGAAUGUAUUCUGUAUUCGACAAUUAAUUGUUCACUGUUGAAUUAUCUCUAUCCAGGAUUAUGUGUUAAUGCUUUAUGUACGUUUAUUUUUCUUAUUAUGUGAUAAAGGUGUACUGUGUAAUAGUUUUUUGUAGUUUAUUUCCACAAUUCACGAUGCCCAAAAACAGUGUAAUCUUUUUCACGAAUACUUACCACCACCAUCAAAUUCACUCCUCAUACAUGUAAAGGUGGACUUUCUCCAUAUCUGCCAUUUAGAAUUUCCAGAAAUAUAUUUUUUAUAUGCAAAAAGUACUGUACUUUGGUCAUACUAGUAAACAUGAAUUUAUUACUUGGUAAAUAUUCAUGAAAAUAUCACCUAAUUUGGCCACCAUCCUACACAGUGCACCUUUUCAUAUGUUGUCUGAAUCUGUAACUUUUUGUUGUCAUUUUGAUGAGGACUCCCUGACAGAAGAUACACUAACGGCUAAAUAAAGGAUAAAUGAAAACAUGAAAUUUCCCAAA